AUGUCCAAUUAUACCCAGUUGGAUCCUAUGGAGCAGAAUCAGCAGCAGGACCAAAAUAGGGCUACGGUCCUCUGCUGCAACUGUGGUGUCCCUAUGGAUGGAUCCACAGGACUUACUAUGUGCUAUGACUGUAUAAAGCAAAAUGUUGAUAUCACGCAAGGAAUUCCAAGGGAGAUGUCAUUAUCGUAUUGCAGAAAUUGUGAAAGAUUUUUACAACCUCCAUCACAGUGGAUUCAUGCUCAACUUGAGAGUAGGGAGUUACUCGCCAUAUGCCUAAGAAGGCUGAAAGGUUUAAACAACGUCAGAUUAAUAGAUGCAUCAUUUUUGUGGACUGAGCCUCACUCUAUGAGACUAAGAGUUAAACUUACAGUGCAGGGUGAAGCUUUUAAUAAUGUUAUUUUGCAGCAGACUUUUGUGGUUGAGUUUGUCGUCAAUGCAAUGCAAUGCCCAGAUUGUGCAAAGUCAUACACUGCCCAUACAUGGAAUACCAGCGUUCAGAUAAGGCAGAAAGUAUCACAUAAAAGGACAUUUUUAUAUCUAGAACAGUUGAUUUUGAAGCAUAAUGCGCACGCAGAUACGAUUGCAAUCAAAGAGACUAAAGAUGGUCUUGACUUUUAUUAUGCAAAGCAGAAUCAUGCCAUGAGAAUGAUUGAUUUUUUGCGGGGGUGCGUUCCGAUAAAGUACAAGAAGUCCGAAAGGUUGAUUACUGAGGACUCCCAUUCAGGAACAGCUAAGUAUAAGUUCACAUAUUCUGUUGAAAUUGCCCCAAUAUGUAAAGAUGAUUUGGUUGUGUUGCCCAAAGGCUUUGCUAAAUCCAUGGGAAAUAUAUCACGUUUUGUGUUGUGUUCCAAGGUUGCCAACUUAAUUAGAUUUUUGGAUCCAUUAACAAUGCAGACAGCCGAUCUUCCUGGAAGUGUCUACUGGAGGGCGCCAUUUAAUUCUUUGUCUGACAUGUCUCAAUUGGUUGAAUUUAUGGUGCUUGAUGUUGAGCCUACAGGUGAGCAGCGUGGAAAGUAUAUGAUGGCAGAUGUUACAGUUGCUAGAAGUAGUGAUAUGGGUGUUAAUGACCAAGAAUACUACGUGAGAUCUCAUCUCGGAGCCAUUCUACACCCGGGAGAUUCAGUGCUUGGAUACUUCCUGGCAAACUCAAACUUCAACUCUGCGUUAUACGACUCUUUGGAUACAGAAAACUUACCGGAUGUUGUUUUGGUGAAGAAAUACUACAAGAGAUCGAAUAAACGGAGGAGAAGAAACUGGAAAUUGAAGCGUAUGGCAAGGGAGAAGGAAGAAAUUGGUGGUGAUAGAUCAGGACGUUCUUCAAAGACAGAACAACAGGAAGAGGAGAAGGCUGAAAGAGAUUAUGAAAUCUUCCUGGAGGAUUUGGAGGAAGACAAAGAAUUAAGACAGUCAGUCAAUAUGUACAAGGCUAAUGAUACAACUAAUGCGGCAGUAUCCUCUGCUCCAGAGAGUGACAGCGAAGAUAGCGACGCACCAGAAGUCAAUGUGGAUGAACUUUUGGAUGAAUUGGAUAAUAUGACGUUGGCUAAAUAA